CCACUGCGCAAGGCCUAUGAUGUAUUUCUAUAAAGUUACACUAAGUUUGCCUGCCUCUUCUGUCUCCCCUUCUACCUCUUCCGCCUCUGCCAUCCUUGAAACAGCAAGACCAACUCCCCUCUUUCUUCUCAGUCGACUCAAUGUGAAGACAAUGAGGAUGAAGACCUUUAUGAUGAUCCACUUCUACUAAUGAAUAAUUCCAGGAGGCCUUCGUGUAUGGACCUCAAGCGUUGGAGGUAGCAGACUUUUCAGCAGAAGAAUUGUUUGCAUCAAGAAUUUUCCAGAACCAGGAGGGCACGGUGGUACAGGCCUGUAAUCCCAGAACUUUGGGAGGCCGAGAUGGGCAGAUCACUUGAGUUCAGGAGUUUGAGACCAGCCUGGCCAAUAUGGCGAAACCUCAUCUUUACAAAAAUACAAAAAUUACCUGGGUCAACACAGAAUGGGGAAAAUGAGGAAUAGCUAAGUAGACAGAUGUGACACUACUUUGGCGCUAUAUUUGACAAAAACAUCAUGACCUGGUGGUACUUUGCUGAGGCUGUAAUACAAUCAAAAGACAAAACUUGAAAGAAAAGAUGAAAAGGAAUAUGCAUUGAAGCAAAUUGAAGGCACAGGAAUAUCCAUGUCGGCUUGUAGAGAGAUUGCACUUUUGCGGGAAUUGAAGCACCCUAAUGUGAUCGCAUUGCAGAAGGUUUUCCUCUCUCACAGUGACAGGAAGGUGUGGCUGCUGUUUGAUUAUGCAGAGCAUGACUUGUGGCAUAUUAUUAAGUUUCACCGUGCAUCAAAAGCAAAUAAAAAGCCCAUGCAGUUGCCAAGAUCUAUGGUUAAAUCCUUACUUUACCAGAUUCUUGAUGGUAUCCAUUACCUCCAUGCAAACUGGGUGCUUCACAGAGACUUGAAACCAGCAAAUAUCCUAGUAAUGGGAGAAGGUCCUGAGAGGGGGAGAGUCAAAAUAGCUGACAUGGGUUUUGCCAGAUUAUUCAAUUCUCCUCUAAAGCCACUAGCAGAUUUGGAUCCAGUAGUUGUGACAUUUUGGUAUCGGGCUCCAGAACUUUUGCUUGGUGCAAGGCAUUAUACAAAGGCCAUUGAUAUAUGGGCAAUAGGUUGUAUAUUUGCUGAAUUGUUGACUUCAGAACCUAUUUUUCACUGUCGUCAGGAAGAUAUAAAAACAAGCAAUCCAUUUCAUCAUGAUCAACUGGAUCGGAUAUUUAGUGUCAUGGGGUUUCCUGCAGAUAAAGACUGGGAAGAUAUUAGAAAGAUGCCAGAAUAUCCCACACUUCAAAAAGACUUUAGAAGAACAACGUAUGCCAACAGUAGCCUCAUAAAGUACAUGGAGAAACACAAGGUCAAGCCCGACAGCAAAGUGUUCCUCUUGCUUCAGAAACUCCUGACCAUGGAUCCAACCAAGAGAAUUACCUCGGAGCAAGCUCUGCAGGAUCCCUAUUUUCAGGAGGACCCUUUGCCAACAUUAGAUGUAUUUGCCGGCUGCCAGAUUCCAUACCCCAAACGAGAAUUCCUUAAUGAAGAUGAUCCUGAAGAAAAAGGUGACAAGAAUCAGCAACAGCAGCAGAACCAGCAUCAGCAGCCCACAGCCCCUCCACAGCAGGCAGCAGCCCCUCCACAGGCGCCCCCGCCACAGCAGAACAGCACCCAGACCAACGGGACUGCAGGUGGGGCUGGGGCCGGGGUCGGGGGCACCGGAGCAGGGUUGCAGCACAGCCAGGACUCCGGCCUGAACCAGGUGCCCCCAAACAAGAAGCCACGGCUAGGGCCUUCAGGCGCAAACUCAGGCGGACCUGUGAUGCCCUCGGAUUAUCAGCACUCCAGUUCUCGCCUGAAUUACCAAAGCAACGUUCAGGGAUCCUCUCAGUCCCAGAGCACACUUGGCUACUCUUCCUCGUCUCAGCAGAGCUCACAGUACCACCCAUCUCACCAGGCCCACCGGUACUGACAAGCUCCCCUUGGGCCAGCCCAGCCCAGAGCACAGACUCCAGCAAUAUGUCUGCAUUAAAAAGAACCAAAAAGAUGCAAACUAUGAUGCCAUUUAAAACUCACACACGUGGGAGGAAAACCUUAUAUACUGAGCAUUUUGCAGGACUGAUAUCUCUUCUUUAUUGACUUAAAGAAGAUUCUUGUGAAGUUUCCCCAGCACCCCUUCCCUGCAUGUGUUCCAUUGUGACUUCUCUGAUAAAGCGUCUGAUCUAAUCCCAGCACUUCUGUAACCUUCAGCAUUUUUUUGAAGGAUUUCCUGGUGCACCUUUCUCAUGCUGUAGCAAUCACUAUGGUUUAUCUUUUCAAAGCUCUUUUAAUAGGAUUUUAAUGUUUUAGAAACAGGAUUCCAGUGGUGUAUAGUUUUAUACUUCAUGAACUGAUUUAGCAACACAGGUAAAAAUGCACCUUUUAAAGCACUACGUUUUCACAGACAAUAACUGUUCUGCUCAUGGAAGUCUUAAACAGAAACCGUUACUGUCCCAAAGUACUUUACUAUUACGUUCUUAUUUAUCUAGUUUCAGGGAAGGUCUAAUAAAAAGACAAGUGGUGGGACAGAGGAAACCUACAACCAAAAACUGCCUAGAUCUUUGCAGUUACUAUGCUUUAUGCUAUGAAGAACUGAAGUGUGUGGUAAUUUUUAUAUAAUCAUUCAUAUGGAACUUAGUUCCCAGCAUCAUCUUAUUCUGAAUAGCAUUCAGUAAUUGAGAAUUAUAAUUUUAACCUUCAUGUAGCUAAGUCUACCUUAAAAAGGGUUUCAAGAGCUUUGAUGAAAUACAGUCUCGAUGGCCCACACCAAAACGCUGAAGAGAGUAUCAACUGCACUAGGAUUUCUUUAAGGAGUAAUUUUGAUCAAAAGACGUGUUACUUCCCUUUGAAGGAAAAGUUUUUAUUGUGUAUUGUACAUAAAGUCGGCUUCUCUAAAGAACCAUUGGUUUCUUCACAUCUGGGUCUGCGUGAGCAACUUUCUUACUUAUUAUAAUCAAGGGUACUCAAGUAGAAGCCUGCAAAUUAAUCUGCUUUUAAAAUAAAGAGCAGUGUUCUCCAUUCGUAUUUGCAUUAGACAUAGAGUGACUAUUUUUAAAGCAUGUUAAAAAUUUAGGUUUUAUUCAUGUUUAAAGUAUGUAUUAUGUAUGCAUAAUUUUGCUGUUGUUACUGAAACUUAAUUCUAUCAAGAAUCUUUUCAUUGCACUGAAUGAUUUCUUUUGCCCCUAGGAGAAAACUUAAUAAUUGUGCCUAAAAACUAUGGGCAGAUAGUAUAAGACUCUCUACUAGACAACGUGAAUUAUUUGCAUUUCCAUUUUCUAUGAAUUAGUGGCUGAGUUCUUUCUUAGCUGCUUUAAGGAGCCCCUCACUCCCCAGAGUCAAAAGGAAAUGUAAAGACUUAGAGUUCCCAUUGUAAUGUCAGGGGCAAGAAAUUUGUGUUCUUCUGAAUGCUACUAGCAGCACCAGCCUUGUUUUAAAUGUUUUCUUGAGCUAGAAGAAAUAGCUGAUUAUUGUAUAUGCAAAUUAUAUGCAUUUUUAAAAACUAUUCUUUGUGAACUUAUCUACCUGGUUAUGAUACUCUGGGUCCAUACACAAGUAAAAUAAGGUUAGACAGAAGCCAGUAUACAUUUUGCACUAUUGAUGUGAUACUGUAGCCAGCCAGGACCUUACUGAUCUCAGCAUAAUAAUGCUCACUAAUAAUAAUGAAGUCUGCAUAGUGACACUCAUCAAGACUGAAGAUGAAGCAGGUUACAUGCUCCAUUGGAAGGAGUUUCUGACAGUCUCCUGCUGUUUUACCCCUUCCAUUUUUUAAAAUAAGAAAUUAGCAGCCCUCUGCAUAAUGUAGCUGCCUAUAUGCAGUUUUAUCGUGUGCCCUAAAACCUCACUGUCCAGAGCUGUUGGUCAUCAGAUGCUCACUGCACCCUCACUGUGUGCCCAGUGCCCUGCUGGGUGGAGAACACAGAGGACAGGGCAUACUUCUGUCCUUAAGGAGCUUGUGAUCUGUUCUGUGACAGUAAGCCCUCCUGGGAUGUCUGUGCCAUGUGAUUGACUUAUAAGUGAAACUGUCUUAUAAUAUGAAGGUCUUUUUGUUUACUUCUAAACCCACUUGGGUAGUUACUAUCCCCAAAUCUGUUCUGUAAAUAAUAUUAUGGAAGGGUUUCUAUGUCAGUCUACCUUAGAGAAAGCCAGUGAUUAAAUAUCACAAAAGACAUCGAUGUAUCUUUGAAAUGUUCACAUCAGCCUUUUAACAACAAUUGGGUGGUCCUUGUAGGCAGAACAUACUCUCCUAAGUGGUUGUAGGAAAUUGCAAGGAAAAUAGAAGCUCUGUUCCUGCUCUCAAGGGAGAUUACCUUUAAUAAAAGAAGACAAACCCAAAUAGAUAUGUAAACCAAAAUACUAUGCCCCUUAAUACUUUAUAAGCAGCAUUGUUAUAGUUCUUAUGCUUAUACAUUCGCAGAACUACCCUGCUUUCCUUGUGUAUAAUGACUUUUACUGGCAGAACUGAAAUAUAAACUGUAAGGGGAUUUCGUCAGUUGCUCCCAGUAUACAAUAUCCUCCAGGACAUAGCCAGAAAUCUCCAUUCCACACAUGACUGGGUUCCUAUCCCUGCACUGGUACUGGCUCUUUUCUCCUCUUUCCUUGCCUCAGGGUUAGUGCUACCCACUGAUUCCCUUUACCCUUAGGAAUAAUUUUGGAUCAUUUUCUUUCUCUUUAAAGGGGAACAAAGCCUUUUUUUUUUUUGAAACGGAGUGUCACUCUGUCACCCAGGCUGGAGUGCAGUGGUGUGAUCUUGGCUCACUCCAACCUCUGCCUUCCAGGUUCAAGUGAUUCUCCUGCCUUAGUCUCCCGAGUAGCUGGGACUACAGGCAUGCACCAACACGUCUGAGGAAUUUUUGUAUUUUUAGUAGAGACGGGGUUUCACCCUCUUGGUCAGGCUGGUCUUAACUCCUGACCUCAGGUGAUCCACCUGCCUCGGCCUCCCAAAGUGCUGGGAUUACAGGCGUGAGCCACUGCGCCCGGCUGGGAACAAAGCCUUUUUAACACAUGUAAGGGCCCUCAAACCGUGGGACCUCUAAGAAGACCUGUGAAGCUUUUUGAGGGCAAACUUUACCUUUGUGGUCCCCAAAUGACUGCAUUUCUCUUUGAAAUUUAUUAGAUACCGUUAUGUCCCCCAAGGGUGCAGGAGGGGCAGCCCUCAGCCUAUGGGAACACCCAAAAUAGGAGGGAUUACUGACAGGAAGGAAUGAAUCCAAGUGAAGGCUUUCUGCUCUCCAUGUUACAAACCAGUUUCAGAGUUAGCUUUCUGGGGAGGUGUGUGUUUGUGAAAGGAAUUCAAGUGUUGCAGGACAGAGGAGCUCAAGAUAAGGUAGCUUUGGCAGCAGGGCAGGCUGAAACAAUCCUUGUGAUGAAGGAGAUCAUGCAAUGACAUACAAAGACCAAGGAUUUAUGUAUAUUUUUGUAUCUGUGUGGUUUUGAAACUUUAGUACUUAGAAUUUUGGCCUUCUGCACUAUUUUGCUCUUACGAACAUAAUGGACUCUUAAGAAUGGAAAGGGAUGACAUUUACCUAUGUGUGCUGCCUCAUUCCUGGUAAAGCAACUGCUACUUGUUCUCUAUGCCUCUAAAAUGAUGCUGUUUUCUCUGCUAAAGGUAAAAGAAAAGAAAAAAAUAGUUGGAGAAUAAGACAUGCAACUUGAUGUGCUUUUGAGUAAAUUUAUGCAGCAGAAACUAUACAAUGAAGGAAUAAUUAGAUGGAAAUUACAAAUCCAAAACUCUGUGGUGAUGUCUUCCUAGAGAGUAGAGAAAGGCCGUGAAAUGGCAGUUAGACCAACAGAGGCUUGAAGGAUUCAAGUACAAGUAAUAUUUUAUAUAAAACAUAGCAGUUUAGGUCCCCAUAAUCCUCAAGAAUAGUCACAAAUAUCUUAUAACAAAGUUCAUUGUUUUAGGAUUUUUUAAAAAUGUGUUGUACCUAAGGCCAUACUUACUCUUCUAUGCUAUCACUGCAAAGGGGUGAUAUGUAUGUAUUAUAUGAAAAAAAAAAAACCCUUAAUGCACUGUUAUCUCCUAAAUAUUUAGUAAAUUAAUACUAUUUAAUUUUUUUAAAGAUUUGUCUGUGUAGACACUAAAAGUAUUACACAAAAUCUGGACUGAAGGUGUCCUUUUUAACAACAAUUUAAAGUACUUUUUAUAUAUGUUAUGUAGUAUAUCCUUUCUAAACUGCCUAGUUUGUAUAUUCCUAUAAUUCCUAUUUGUGAAGUGUACCUGUUCUUGUCUGUUUUUUCAGUCAUUUUCUGCACGCAUCCCCCUUUAUAUGAUUAUAGAGAUGACUGUAGCUUUUCGUGCUCCACUGCGAGGUUUGUGCUUAGAGCCGCUGCGCCCCAACAAGGCCUGCUCCAUGGAGUGCAGGACGAGCUACUGCUUUGGAGCGAGGGUUUCCUGCUUUUGAGUUGACCUGACUUCCUUUUUGAAAUGACUGUUAAAACUAAAAUAAAUUACAUUGCAUUUAUUUUAUAUUCUUGGUUGAAAUAAAAUUUAAUUGACUUUG